AGCUUGAAGUUUAAGCGCCAGAAUUUAACGUACCGCCUGUUUCUCUGGUAACUGACUGUAACUGUACUCAGUGUUAUUGUACAUUUCUGCAAUAUUGCUUGAAGAUAAUAUGUCUCCCACAGCCAAAAGAGCCUGUCCCAGUCCUCUGAACGACAGCUUGGAGAAAAGACUGAAACGCAUUUCCAUUGAAGGCAACAUUGCUGCGGGUAAAUCCACUUUUGUUCGCCUGCUGGAGGAAUAUGAUCGAGAGUGGGAGGUAGUACCGGAACCCAUCGCUAGAUGGUGCAAUGUACAAACUCACCACAACGAUCAUGAGGAAUUGACCACCUCUCAGAAGAGUGGAGGAAACGUGCUGCAGAUGAUGUACGAGAAGCCCGAGCGCUGGGCCUACACCUUCCAGAGCUACGCCUGCAUGAGCCGCAUCCGCUCGCAGAUCAGAUCCACCAACGGCAAGCUGCGAGAGGCUGAGAAUCCGGUGCAGUUCUUCGAGCGAUCCGUGUACAGCGACAGGUACAUCUUUGCCUCUAACCUCUAUGAAAGUGAGUGCGUGAAUGAAACCGAGUGGGCGGUCUAUCAGGACUGGCACAGCUGGCUGCAUAAGCAGUUUGGGAAGCACAUUGAGCUGGACGGCAUCAUUUACCUGCGGGCAAAACCAGAAAGAUGUUUGGAGCGAUUGCAUUUGAGAGGAAGAGAUGAGGAACAGGGAAUUCCACUGGAAUAUCUGGAGAAACUCCACUAUAAACAUGAGUGCUGGUUACAGCACAGGACUAUGAGUAUGGAGUUUGAGUAUCUGAAUGAAGUGCCGGUUCUUACCCUGGAUGUCAAUGACGAUUUUAAAGACAACAAGAUCAAGUGUGCUGAUAUGAUUGAGAAGGUGAAGGAAUUUCUGAGCACCCUGUGAUUGCAAUGAGAAAAGAGAUUAUUGGACGAAUAAUGUAACAUUGUGGUUUGGUUUUUUUUUUAAUUGUUUGUUUGUUUUUACAUUUUGAAACGAAGAAAUUUUGUGUGAAACCGUGGUGUCCAUUUAGCACUUAUCAGUGUUUUUAUUAUUUAAAUUUGUUUACUUUUCUACUUCAUGUAUUAAAUAAUAAAAAAUAAUAAUAAUCACCUUUAUUUCUUUUAAAGAACAAAUAUAAGUCUUCUGCUCACCAAGGCUCCAUUUAUUUGAUCAAAAAUACAGUAAAAUCAGUAAUAUUAUGAAAUAUUAUUACAAUUUAAAAUGACUGUUUUCUAUUUAAUAUAUUUUAAAAUGUAAUUUAUUUCUGUGAUCAAAGCAGAAUUUUCAGCAUCAUUACUCCAGUCUUCAGUGUCACGUGAUCCUUCAGAAAUCAUUCUAAUAUGCUGAUUUGCUGCUCAAGAAACAUUUCCAAUUAUUGAGUGUUGAAAACAGCUGUGCUGAUUAAUAUUUUUGUGGAAAUUGACUUUUUUUUUUUUUUUUUUUUCAAGAUUUGUUUGAUGAAUAGAAAAUUCCAAAGAACAACAUUAAUUUGAAAUUGAAAUCACUUUUGAUCAAUUUAAUGCAUCCUUGCUGAAUAAAUGUAUUAAUUUAUUUUGAAAAAUCUUACUGACCCCAAACAAUAAUAUGUAUAUAUGUUCAACCAUUCUGCAUUAAUCAAAGCAUUCUUUGUGUGGUUUAAAGGAAUAGUUUACCCAAAAGCAGCUGAAUCAUCGUUCAGUCUCCCUCAUGUGCUUUGAAGCCCGUAUGCAGGAGCUGCAUGAGGGAGAGUGAAUACUGAGUGAGGGCUUUUUGGGAAAGUUGUUCCUGUGAACCAGUGUGUGAUACUAUGAGGUGCGCAGGUGUGUUCUGAUAGUCCUGAACGGCCAGUUGGUGGCGUAGUUCUACAGCCCUUUAAAAACAAGAAACUUAUGCUAUUCCUUGAAUUUUAAGUCAUCAUUUCCUGCCAUAAAUUAGAAAGAACUGAGGUAUUCACAAUCCUUACUCAGGAUUUUAAGUACAGUAAGUACAACAAGGUUUUCAUGAAAUGUGUGAAACUUGAACUGGAUGACUUUCUUGGAGUUUUUCUAAAUGAUUUGGAACAUUCUACUAAAUGUUGAACAAGUCUACAGUACCAAAUAUUUGUAUGUCUGCAAGAAUCAGGUGCUCAAGAAGCAUGUUUAUCUUUAGGGGUUUCAUGGUUUUGUAAAUAGAAUCAUUAUUCAAGGAAAGGUUCUUAUAGAUAGAUCUAAUUUAUGUUAUAUCAUAAUAAUCUUAUAAUGUGUAUUGAUUUCAUUUAUAUACUUAAGUCAUAUUACUGCGCAUUAAAGCUUAUCUGAAUAUUUCCAACAUUAAAACCCAGUUUGUUUAUUAAGAGUUAUAAUAUUGUUAUAUUAUGUAUUAUUUUGACUAUAUUAAUUUACAAAUUUGGUACAUCAUUUAGAGAAUGUAGUUAAUGUUUUAUAUGUAUCAUGUAUAAUAUUCAUAUAUACACACACACACAUAUACACUAGUCAACAUUUGAAGUGGAUCAAAACCUUUCAACAAAAUUGUCAUAAAACCAAAAUGUGUUCUUGUCUUAGGACAACUUUGAUUAAUUUUUUGAUCCACUUGAAAUGUUGACUACUCUGUGUAUAUGUGUGUGUGUGUAUAUAUAUAUAUAUAUAUAAAACCUAACAUUUAGAUAUGCUUUUAUAUAUAUGCUUCACCUUAUAGUUACUGUAUUUCUGUGUGUGUGUAUCUAUCUAUAUAUUCAAUAUAUGUAUAUGUAAAC